AUGGAUGCAAUCAAGGCCGUGCAGUACUACGCAAAUCGCAUUGUGACGGAUGUGACGGGCAUGAAGGUCCUGUUGUUGGACCGGGAGACGACGCCAAUAGUCUCGAUAGUCUCGACGCAGUCGUACUUGCUGUCGAAGGAGACCUACCUGGUGGAUAAGAUUGAGAACACGAGCCGUGACGUAAUGCGGCACCUCAAAUGCAUCUGUUUUGUGCGACCGACCGACAGCUCCCUGCAGGCGCUGGUAGACGAGCUGCGGGCACCCAAGUACGGCGACUACUAUAUAUAUUUCUCAAACAUCCUGAAGAAGAGUAUGAUCGAGACACUGGCCGAAAACGACGAGAGCGAGGUGGUCAGGGAGGUGCAGGAGCUGUAUGCGGAUUUCUAUGCAGUCACGCCGUGUCUAUUCCAUAUUGGGCUGGAGCCAGGAACACAUCCCCUGUUCAGCGAAGGGCAUAGUUGGAACCAGGGUGCGCUGGCGCGGACGGUCCAAGGGCUGAGUGCGAUGCUGCUGGCAUUGCGGAAGCGGCCAAGUAUCCGGUACGAGCGCAACAGCGUGAUGGCGCACCAGCUGGGCACAGAGCUCGACUACCUGAUCAAGCAUGAGGCCAGUCUUUUUGGCAAGCAGGGCGAUGUGCAGCUUCUGAUCCUGGACCGCAAGAAUGAUCCAGUAACGCCUCUGUUGACGCAAUGGACGUACCAUGCGCUAUUAAACGAUCUAAUUGGAGUCAAAAACGGGCGCGUGGACCUGUCGUAUGUGCCGGGAAUCCGGCCUGAGCUGCAGGAGGUGACGCUGUCGCAGGACCAGGAUGGGUUCUUCAAGCAGUCGCAGUAUCUGAACUUUGGCGACCUCGGGGCGUCCAUCAAGGAGUAUGUCGAGACGUACCAGGGCAAGACGCAGUCACACCACCAGAUCGAGUCGAUCUCCGACAUGAAGCGGUUUGUCGAGGCGUACCCCGAGUUCCGCAAGCUGAGCGGCAACGUCACCAAGCAUGUGACGCUGGUCGGCGAGCUGUCGCGAAUCGUCGCCGAGCGCCAGCUGCUGGCAGUGUCGGAGCUCGAGCAGAGCCUGGCGUGCCACGAGCAGCACAACACAGAUCUGAAGGCGUUGCGGACGAUGGUCGUUGAUCCGAAGAUCGAGGCUAUCAACAAGGUCCGGUGUGUGGUUUUGUACGCGUUGCGGUACGAGCGCAUGCAGGGCAAUGCAACAGAGGAGCUGAAGCGGAUGCUGGCGGCGAAUGGCGUAGAUGCGGACAUGGCAAGCAUGGUUGAUGUGGUGGUGAGGUAUGCGGGCGUGCGCGAGCGGCAGAGCGACAUUUUCCAGAAUGAGGACUUUGUAUCGCGCGGCAAGAACAUAUUCAAGGGGCUGCAGGGCGUCGAGAACGUCUAUACACAGCAUUCGCCGGCGCUGGCCGACAUGCUGGACCAGAUGGUGCGCGGCAAGCAGGCGGUGCAGUGGUUGGAGAGGCUGCCGAGCCUGGACCCCAAGACCCGCGAGAGCGGGCUGCGCAACCAAGACAUCAUAGUGUUUGUGGUUGGCGGCGUGACGCUCGAGGAGGAGGCUGCAGUGGCUCGGCUCAAUGCAAAGUUCAGCAGCCAGGGCAUCCGCAUCCUGCUGGGCGGCACGUCGGUGCACAGCAGCUCGUCGUUCCUGACCGAGCUCUCGACGACCUUUUUCCCAUGA